AUAAAUCACUUUCUACAACUAGCUGAACAAUGUCAACUCUUCGCUUUUUUGGGUAGAUGCUUAGUUUUGUGUCUCCUUAUAUAUAAUUGGGCCUUACAAUUGUAGCCCAUGUAAUUCUAAACGGACGCCGUAAGAUAUGUAACACUACUAGCCUGUCACACAUGUUGUACGCGCAGCUCCCUUCGGCGCUUAGCACCACCGCUAAACUCGCCGCCGGUUAGUACAAGAAGCAAGCCGGUGAAAAUGGCGUAUCACCAACCAUAGUAUAUCAACCUCAUUCUCAUCCCCAUAAUCUUGUUAACUCAAAUACACUGGACGGGGCAGACCAAGUUUCUCUAAUUCGAUUUGAUCAGACAUUGACCAAACUGAUACAAUUUCUAACGCUACAAUAUUUUUUUAUAACAUCACCCUACAUUAUUGUAAUAGUAUCACAAAUUUUCUGUGGAAACUAAUCUUGAUAUAAUGUAAUAAACAUCAUCCAAUUUAUUUUGUUUUAUUCCAUAUGCAAAUGUGUAUCACCUAAAAAUUCAAGAGACCUUCAUUUACUCUAUAUACAGAGCCAAAACUAUAAAUCAGGACAGUUUUACAUUAUUUCUAUCUAGUCCUCUGACUAAAUAAUGACGAACAACAACGCGAUUCCGACGUCGUCAUCUCCGGCAGUGAAUCACGAGUCUAUCUCACGCGCCAAGCAACAUAUCAAAGACGGACUAGCCACGCGCCGCCCCUGGAGGGUGAUAUUCGAUGUCCACUCCAUGGGACUACCUCACAACGUCUCCGAUGCUUUCACAAGAACCAAGACGAAUCUUGCUUACUUCCGGAGUAAUUACGCAAUCGUAGUCUUGAACGUCAUCUUCUUCAGCUUGAUUUGGCAUCCGACAUCGCUCAUCGUCUUCGCAGGCUUGGUUUUCCUAUGGAUCUUCCUUUACUUCCUCCGUGACGAGCCUCUCAAAGUGUUCCGAUUUCAGAUCGACGAUCGUGCGGUCCUGAUUGGUUUAUCGGUUAUAACCAUCGUUCUUCUCCUGUUGACCAACGCGACGUUUAAUAUUGUUGCGGCGUUGGUGGCCGGAGCUGUGUUGGUUCUGAUCCAUGCGGUGGUUAGGAAGACGGAGGAUCUUUUCUUGGAUGAAGAGGCAGCGACGACUGAAACGUCAGGACUGACGUCACACCCUUCGUCUUAAAACAAUCGAUCUCGAAUUUUAUGUAUAUUAUAUUGUUUUUGAUAAUCUUGUGUAAUAAUUUAUAGUGUAAGUUUGGUUUUGAUCAAUUGAUCCCUUUUUGAGUUUUGAA